CUGCACGCUGUGUGGGAAGAAUUACGGAUUCGGAACCUUAAACAAAGUAGAAGAUUUCAUGGGUUAUGAUGAUAGUUUUAAACUACUUUGGACGAAAAACAAUUUUUUUGAGAGCAGAAAUUAACAAUUUGUUAAAAUAAAACAAUCGGAACAUAACAAAGAAAUAUAUCAAGAAAGACCUAUAGCAUACCUAAUUCAAACAAAGUGUGCUUUUGGUAUAGUUUAUUUGGAGUCCCAUGAAUCUUUUGCGCUCACUGAAUUGUAAUAAACUAUCUCACGUGCAUAUAGUGCGCGUUUGAGCUUUUAAACAAUGGACUAAAGCGUACGUAAUAGAAGUUAGUACAUAUCAUAAUAAACAUCCACGCAAGAAAGACAUUUGUGGUCCUGAGCAUCAAUAUGAUUCAUCAAUUACUCAGUGUUUAUCUGAUUAUCUGCCACUCUUCUGCACUUUCCUCUGGAAAAGAAGCGAGUACCACAGUAAAAGUUAACGGGAUCGUUGGCCAAGAAGUCGCAUUGCCUUGUAAUAUUUCACCUCCAACGUUAGACGAUGAAGUAGCCUUGGUACUAUGGUAUAAGGACGAGUCAUCGACACCAAUUUACAGCCUCGACGCUAGACGAGGUGUUGUAGGACACGGCAAGCACUCGUCAAGUGAUAAUUAUGCUACAAGGACUUACUUCAGUACAGUAUCGAAACCAGCUACCCUGCAAUUAACGGCCGUAACUGCAAAUGACGAAGGCAGUUAUACCUGUCGCGUAGACUUCAGGAAGGCAAGAACUAGAUAUUCUGAAAUCACGUUGACAAUUGUAGUACUCCCACGUAAACCAAGAAUUACUGAUGGAAAGGGUGAUCUAAUUCAUAAAGUUGCAGGUCCAUACAAUGAGGGAGAUCGUUUGGUAUUACUAUGUGAAAGUGAAGGAGGGAAUCCGCUGCCUUCCUUGACGUGGUGGAAGGAAUCUGAGCUCAUCGAUGAAUCGUAUGAAGUAACGCCACAGAAAAUAACAUUCAACCAGUUACAUGUUCCUCCUCUUCAUCGCAAUGACCUUAUGGUUGUUUUUACUUGUCGAGCUUCGAAUAACAAUAUAUCUCUUCCGAUAUCUUCCUCAGUUAAAAUCGACUUAAAUCUUAGGCCUGUUCAACUAGAGAUAGAUGGAGCCUAUGAACCCCUAAUUUCUGGAAGAUUAACCGAGUUGGAAUGUAGAACAUCAGGAUCGAGACCUCCAGCUGUAAUAACCUGGUGGAAAGAAAACAGAAAGCUCAAGCGCACAAAAAAUUGGACGACCCAUAAUGGGAAUAUCUCCAUCAGCACACUGACGUUCCAACCAUCUCUGGAAGAUAGUGGCAAAUACCUUUCUUGUCGGGCUGAGAAUCCGGAAAUAAAGGAAAGUGCGAUCGAAAACGGAUGGAAACUUGAAAUACACCACGUUCCAGUACUCUCCCUUCGUCUUGGUAGUAAAUUAAGACAUUCUCAUAUACAGGAAGGAUAUGAUGUAUAUUUUGAAUGUGAUAUCCUUGCGAAUCCAUGGGUGACAAAUAUUGUGUGGAAAUUCGAGAGGAAAGAGUUGAGUACAAAUACCUCUGCAGGUAUUAUAAUAAGUAACCAGUCUCUUGUACUGCAGAAGGUUCAUCGGUCCAUGAGAGGUCGCUAUACUUGUUCAGCAACAAACCCGCUUGGUAAUAGUGUGAGCAAUCCUUUCCAUUUAAAAAUUCAGUAUGCGCCAUUGUGCCGAACGGGACAGAAAUCGGUGUACGGAGCAGCGCGCCACGAGACUAUCAAAAUAUUUUGUGAUGUUGAAGCCGACCCAGGCGAUGUAAAGUUUUACUGGAGAUUUAACAACACUAAAGAAGUCUUAGACAUUACGACAUUUGAAAGUAAAGAAACAAGGAGCAAGGCUACGUUCUCACCUACAGGAGCUGCCGAUUACGGAAUGGUACUUUGCUGGGGAAAAAAUUCAAUUGGGACCCAAAAAAAACCCUGUUUAUUUCACCUCGUUCCUGCAGGCCCACCAAGUUCCGUUAGCAACUGUUCUCUUCAAAAUCAGACGGAGCAUUCAAUUGAAUUAGAAUGUUCUGAAGGCUACGACGGAGGACUGAGUCAGCACUUCGUAAUGGAGGUUCACGAUACUAAACUCCAUAAACUUAGGGCGAAUUUAACCUCACUAGAAAGCAGGUUCUAUGUAACAGGACUUCCGCCGGGAACAGAUUUUGUUGUUAUUAUCUACGCUGUGAAUGCUAAGGGAAGAAGCCAUGCUGUAAUACUACGAACAAGAACCUUGACUUUUCUUCUGAAACAGUCGCAGGAAGAAAGUUUAUGGCAGAUGACGUUCAGUCCAGUUUUGAUUGUUUUGGUAGCAGUUGUUGCCGGUUUGGUGUUAUUGGCGUGCCUAAUUGUUCUUGGUUUGAAAACUAGAUCGAAACUUCACCGCUCAAAAGAUACAAAAGCAGUGAAAGCUGACGCUUCCGACGAACAUGAAGUUGUUAACAAUAAGAAUAUUAAUGGUGUAGGUGAAACAUUUAAAGGAUGGGAGCCUGUUGAGAGCGAAAAGCAUCCAGCUUCAGUGCCUCUUCUUCUGCAAGUCCAGACUUCCAGUCCUACUCUGUCUAAUCCAAGUGAAACAUCAGAAACGGCUCUGUAUGAGUAACGUUUCGGACGAAAAAAAUAGUCACAUGAAAUUGGUACGGGCUCCAGGCCUUUACAACGGUUCUUGAGGUUUCUUUCGUUUGGUGAUAAAGGUGCCUUUCGUUCAUGAGUGAUUGUGAGAGUCCAAACUUUGAAAUAUAUUUGCUAUACAAUUUCAAGUUAUUAUUAUUUUUUGUUCAUUUUAACUCAACAGACAUACAAAAAGUGCCAUGUAAUUGUAUCGCAUUUACAAGUUUCUAACAAAACCCUAAACAACAGACUUUUCAUAUCAUUUUAUGAUCAAAACCAAACUUACCUUAAUAUAGAAAAUGUCGUGUCAAACAGUUCUUAAAGUAUUUGUUUCUGUAAGAGUAAUUAUCAAAUAUUUAUAUGUUUUGUGUCCUCUUUAUGGGACUUGAGAAUACUGACGUAUAGACGCUAAAAGUUCAUAACAUAAAAUAACUUAUGUAGGUAGUGUGAAUGGAUGUUAUUUUCAACGAUUAAUGAGCUUUAACACGAGGUUAAAUGUACUUGAAAAUAGAUAAGUUGUUAUUACAAUACCGUAGACAAAAAGUAUGCUUAUUUGGUGAAUAUUAUUUUCUUCUCAGUGUGAAUGGAUGUUAUUUUCAACGAUUAAUGAGCUUUAACACGAGGUUAAAUGUACUUGAAAAUAGAUAAGUUGUUAUUACAAUACCGUAGACAAAAAGUAUGCUUAUUUGGUGAAUAUUAUUUUCUUCUCAUCUGAUUUUUGUUUUAAAUAUUUUUAAUUACGCGCUGUAACAUUCGUCGUCUUGUUAACGUUUUUGUUAUGUAAAUAUAAUUCCUCA